CCCGAAACCCGCCCUAGUGAGCUGCCUGGGACUAAAGGGAGUGUUGCUUAGCAGGAAAUAAUCCAAGCCGUCAGUUUGGUGUUCGCUCGAGAAAUAGAAAUGGCAACUGGCGAGGUACAUUCAAGUGGUGCCCGUGAAUUUGAGAGCGUAGAGUUAGGGGAUAUUCGGAAAAAGAAGAAAAUCCCUCGGCGAGUUAUCCAUUUUGCAAGUGGUGAAACCAUGGAGGAGUACAGCACUGAUGAGGAAGAGGAGUUGCAAGAAAGAAAGGAUGUUUUGCCAGCAAUGGACCCGUCAAAGCUAACCUGGGCACCAUACCUAUGGUUUUAUAUGCUGCGUGUGGCAACAUCAACUCUUUCAGUUUGUGAUUUCUUGGGGGAGAAGAUAGCUUCUGUGCUGGGUGUCAGUACCCCGAAGUACCAGUACGCUAUUGAUGAAUACUACAGGAUGCAGAAAGAGACAGAAGAAGAGGAGGAAGAGAAUGAAAUGUCAGAAAAAGCCGAGCAGCAAUACCAGGAGCAGCAAAGCAAGAAUCCGAAGGAAAGCACCACAGCGACACAGCAGCCUGAUCCAACCGCCAGCUCCUUUGUCAACAUUAGCUUUGUCAUGGAAGAAGGGGAUGCAGUCAGUCUGUCCAAAAAGCAGGAACUUUCUGCUGUCCCCACCUAGGAGCCAAUGGCUUUACACUCUUUGUGCUGGGAACUGAAGGGAAACAACUCCUGCCAAAAACUUGGUGCCUUCCUCAGAGACUUCUGGCCAAAUAGAAGGUCUAGGCCCAUCCAGCUGUAAUUGGCAUAGAUCAGUACCUAUGAUGAUUCUGGCAUGCACUUUGUUAUUGAAGCAACAGGAAAUAUAUAUAUAUAUACCCCCCCCCCCCCCCCCCCCGUCAUAAUAACGUACUAGAUUGACAUUUACAAUUCUGCAGGGUCUUGAUGGAAGUUUCAUCGUUCGUUUCCUAUACACAGCUUUGUGCAGAUGAAACAUCAGGGUUAUUUUGUUAAUGUUUGAGUACAAAGCAUUACCAACAUUUGCUCUAUCCAAAGGUUAUAAUGUUCAAACUCCUUUUCUGUAAUGACAGCCCCCUCAUCAUCACUCUUGUAUAAAUAGUGGCACAAGGGUAACAAACAAAGGUCAGGAGAAAAUGUACUUUUUUGAACCUACAUGACUUAAAGGGAAACUCCUAUCAUUUCUAUUUAUUUGAAGGUUUUAUUUAACUGUGCCUUUAAGUUAUUGCAUAGUAUAUUCUGUUGCUUCAGAAAUUGCACCCAUUUAUAACGGGCAGGGUGCCUUGGUUGUUUUGUUAUUUACAUAUAUUAUAUAGAAACCCAUAGACUUGAUUGUUUCUAAUUAAGGACAAUAAAUGGCUAUGCCCCUUAAAGGCUCUGUUCUUAAA